AACUACAGAUAAUGAGGAAAAUCUAUACGAUUCAUUCUGUUUCUUUUAUUACAGUUGCGUAGGUAUUGGAGAUGAUGGGCUACAAGUCAUCACAGAUGGAUGCAGGAAGUUGACUAAUCUUAAUUUGUCAUUCUGUAAAAGAAUAACAGACAAAGGGAUGGAGCAUGUCAGCCAUCUAGCCAAUUUAUAUUAUCUAGAUUUGUGUGGCCUUUCAAGUAUCACACACAUGGGCAUCAAAUCAGUUGCAAUGGGGUGCAAGAGGUUGACUGUUUUAAGCUUGAAGCAUUGUAAUAAUAUUGAUGAUUCAGGCUUCUCUUUCCUGGCUUUUUGUGCACGAACCCUGCGGAAGAUAAAUUUGAGCUACUGUGACAAGCUGUCAGACAAGGGGCUAUUGGAUCUUAUGAGCAACCUGAAACACCUCCAGCACAUCAAGUUGGUGCAAGUUCGUGGUGUCUCUUUCACAGGUUUGAAGAAUUUACUUAUAGUUUGCUGCGGACAGCCUAAGAAGGUUCAAAUGGGACAGGACCUCAACCGAUCCAAAGAAUGGAAGGCUCAACUUGACGAUGAUCGCAAACGGAAACUUAGAGAAGGAGGGUUCAAACGGAAUAGGUGUGAUGAUGAUGAUGUUAGUGAUGAAUAUAAUAUUUAGGGUUAUCAUACAACUUUCAUGCAAGUGUUGGAAUUAUUUCCCAGUGUUUGUUUGACGUUUUGUUACUAUGGUUUUCCGUUAUGCUUGAUAUUUGGUUAACUUUUCCAUAAUGGUUUAUAAUGGCUAAUAUUUCA